AUGGAAAUGGAAUGCAAAGGUAGGUUGAUGAGAAGAAGAGGAGAAGGGUGCAGUACGAGGCUACAGAAGCAGGCACCUGCAUCUCUUGACAUUGAUAAGGUUCAUUGUGAUCGACCCUCUAACCCUUUUGGGGAGGUUUCAAAGGCUAUACCAUUGUUGUCUCCACUUAUGUUUUCCCAUCAGCCAAUAUAUGACGACAUCACUGUUCGUGUUGGAACAUCAGAGAAUACUGAGAAAAACAAUGGCAUGAUGAAUCAGGAUAGGACUACUGGUUGGGAGCAUCCAGCUAUGGCUUCGUUUCCCCAUGCUUCAUCAUCAUCUUUCUGUAGCUUCUUCCAAAAGCAUUGUGUCUUCGUGAAUCAUGCCUAG